UCCCGCUGUUUCCCAGUGCUCCCUCCCAAGCGUGUCAGGGUUUUUUUUUUAAUUGUUGGUUUUUUUGUUUUUCUUUAACUUGCCUUUUUUUUUUAAUGCCUUUUUGGGGGGUUAAUAAUAUCCAGCUGCUUCAAAGGCAGGCAGUGACAGUCAUCUGUCUGCGAGCAGAGGGUGGAUGCGGAGGCCGGGGAGGCUGCGGGGGCCGGCGGGCGGGCGCGGAAAGUGCUACAGACACCAUCAGCUGCUUUUUUUUCCCCUCUCCCCUUUCCCCAUCCACUCCUCCCCCUCGCACACCCACCACCAUCACCACGGAGGUAAGAAGAGGAAGCUGCAGGUUCUGGGCUGCAGGACAAAACCCCAGUCAAAUAAAUCCAGUUCCCUGUCGCGUUUUGAGUUGCCGAACUGGGAAGGAUGGGGCGGGAAGGCGAGCGCAGGGGCAGAGCGGAGCCUGAAUGGGGUUCUCAGUAAGCAGAAGAAAAUCCUGGAGGAUAUUUGUGUUUUGGUUUGGAGCUGUCGCAUUGAGAUCGCCAGUGUUUUGUAGGUGCCUCUUUACUGCUUUGCAUUUUAAACAGUUUAAUGUAUUUCCCGAGUAGAAAAAUGCACAGUCCUGGAGGCGCUUAGGGGGCGGGGCGGGAGCGCAGCUGAGCCGAGCCAGGCGCGUUUCUCGGCGUUUCAUCAUAAGGCUUUUCAUGGAUUUGUUUUUCUCCCCCUUUUUGGUCUCCGUCUCAGCGUCAGCUGUUGUGAACCCAGCAGAACGAUUUCCUUCGCGUUACCUUAACCGAGCUGAAGGGAGACGCUGACUCGAUUUUUUGGACUUUAAGCAUUUUUCUUUUUUUAAUUUUUUUUUAAAUGUCUGAUGCAACGGAGCUCUCUCUCGGCAGAGGAAUGGGGCUGUGGUUGACUGGCCGUGGGUAGUGAGUGGGGGUCCGGCCGCGGGAAGGGCAGCAGCGCGCACUCCUCGGAGUUUCAGGUCGUGGGAGAACCUCUCUUCUUCCCCUUGGUGGAAAUAUCGAUAAAACCUGUGUUUGAAACUAUUGCUUGACACAGGGAUCAGCAAAAAGACACCCGCAAUGCCAGGAAUGGUCAGUAAAAACCCAGACCUCGAGUUUGACUCUUUGCAGCCUUGUUUCUACCCGGACGAAGAUGACUUUUAUUUGUGCGGGCCGGACUCCGCUCCCCCGGGCGAGGACAUCUGGAAAAAGUUUGAGCUGCUGCCCACCCCUCCUCUGUCUCCCAGCCGGGCCGGGCUACUAGUAAUCAAGGUAUUUUCAGGGAGAAUAAUGUCUGUUUUAUUUUUUGUCCUUUUAUUACCAGAAGAUGAUGAAGAUGAGGAGGAAGAGGAUGAAGAAGAAGAAAUAGAUGUUGUUACAGUGGAGAAAAGACGCUCCUCUACCAACAAGUCUGUUACCACCCUCACUAUUACAGUGCGUCCUAAGAAUACCAUUUUCUCAUCAGUCAGGACACAGCAGAAUGGACUCAUACUAAAGCGUUGUGCCCCAAUUCACCAGCAGCAUAAUUAUGCCGCUCCUUCUCCAUUCGUGGAGACUGAAGAGUCUCCACCACAGAAGAAGUUAAAAGUCGAGGUGCCCCGUCCAGUAAAACCCACGAUCCAACCAAAGCUUAAGAGUUCAAGUCCUCGAAACUCUGAUUCAGAGGACAGUGAACGUCGACGCAACCAUAAUAUCCUGGAGCGUCAACGACGUAAUGAUCUACGGUCAAGUUUCCUCACUUUAAGGGACCAUGUUCCAGAACUGGUUCAAAAUGAGAAAGCUGCAAAAGUUGUGAUCUUGAAAAAAGCCACUGAGUAUGUUCAUUCUCUUCAGGCAGAGGAGCAGAAGUUACUGCUAGAAAAGGAAAAAUUGCAAGCCAGACAAGAACAAUUACUAAAGAAAAUAGAUUACAAGCGGACUUGCUAAACUUUUUUGUUUUGUUUUGGUGUUUUUUUCUGGCUGAUCAGGACAGUCAUUGCCACUUUGCACAUUUUUGAUUCUUUAUUAAAAAAUUGUGUUUUUUGACGUUAAGAAUGUUGGUUUUAAUUUCAAUCCAGUCCCUGAAGUAAUCGACAGACUAUAUUAUCCGGGUACGGAGCAAAUGAUUUUUCUUGCAAGGAGUUUAUUGCAAGACUACCAAACAACAAUGGACUGCCUUUGUUUUUUCUCCUUAAGAACUGUAGAUGGUGGGGAUUUUUUUUUUAAGUGUUGUGAGCAUUUGGAGCUGCUGAUGACAUCUAGUUGAGUUUUAAAAUGUUCAUUCCUAAGUUUUAUGGUGCUUAUGUUCUAACAGAUGUUACUUUAGGGGUUGGCAUUUUGUGCCCCUGUGGGAAUUUCUGUAAAUACCAUCUACACACUUGCCUUUUGUACAUGUCUUGGGUUAUGAGAGGUGGCUUUUGCUGCCAGUAUUAGACUGGAAGUUCAUACCUAAGUACUGUAAUGCCUCAAUGUUUGAGGAGCAUGUUUUUGUAUACAAAUAUAUUGUUAAUCUCUGUUAUGUACUGUACUAAUUCUUACAUUGCCUGUAUACUUUAGUAUGAUGCUGAUACAUAACUAAAUUUGAUACUUAUAUUUUCGUAUGAAAAUGAGUUGUGAAAGUUUUGAGUAGAUAUUACUUUAUCACUUUUUUGAACUAAGAAACUUUUGUAAAGAAAUUUACUAUAUAUGCCUUUUCCUAGCCUGUUUCUUCCAGUUAAUGUAUUUGUUAAUGUUUGGUGCAUAGAACUGGGUAACUGCAAAGUUCUGUGUUUAAUUUCUUCCAAUGAUGUACAUUUAGUGCUGCGUCUUAUAGCACUUUGAAAUACCUCAUGUUUAUGAAAUAAAUAGCAAUUACAUGAUGUGC